CCACCCUUUCCUUACCAACUCGCCAUGUCCGCAUCCAAAGUCUUCUCCCUCAAGGGCAAGGGUCUCAAGCUCACGACCGCCGAGGACAUUGAGCCACACCUGAAGGAGUUGCGCGAAAACAACGAUGUCGAGACGGUCGAGUUUCUUGGAAACACCAUAGGCAUCGGGGCGAGCGAAGCGCUGGCCAAAGUAUUGGAAACCAAGAAGAAGCUGCAGGUCGCAAACUUCGCCGAUGUCUUCACCGGCCGCCUCCUGUCUGAAAUCCCGACUGCGCUUUCCCACCUUCUGACCUCCCUCCUCACGCUCCCGAACCUCUACACCAUCGAUCUCUCCGAUAACGCCUUCGGUUUGAACACCCAGGCGCCCCUGGUCGACUUCCUCUCCCAGCACGUACCUCUCCGCCACCUCAUCCUGAACAACAACGGAUUGGGCCCAGCGGCCGGUGUGCUCGUUGCUGACGCACUCACAUCGCUCGCCGAGAAGAAGGAGGCCGCUAAGAAAGAAGGCAAGGAGGUACCGGACCUCGAAACCGUCAUCUGCGGCCGUAACCGCCUGGAGAAUGGCAGCAUGGCGGCAUGGGCCAAAGCAUACGCGGCACACAACAAGGUCAAGAAAGUCAAGAUGGUGCAGAACGGCAUUCGUCAGGAAGGCAUCACGCACCUGCUCACCAACGGUCUCUCGCAUGCGACCACCAUCCAGGUCCUCGACCUUCAAGACAACACCUUCACGGCCAUGGGCGCAAAGGCCCUCUCCAAUGUCGUAGGAAACUGGACUGUGAUCCAAGAGCUCGGCGUCGGUGACUGCUUGCUUAGCGGUCGCGGUGGCAUCGCCCUCGCUGCCGCCCUGGCAAAGGGCAAUAACGCUAAGCUCGAGGUCCUACGCCUCCAGUUCAACGAGAUCAACGCUAAGGGCAUCGCCGGCCUCGCAGCUGCCCACGAGAAGCUCCCUGCUCUUCGUCGCAUCGAGCUCAACGGCAACAAAUUCGAGGGCGAGGACCCUUCCAUCAAGACCCUCCGUGACGUUCUCGAGAAACGCAAGGAUACUGCCGGAGAUGGCGUUGGCGAGGACGACGACGAGUACUGGGGUCUUGACGAGCUGGACGAGCUCGAGAGCGACGACGAAGACGAGGACGACGACGACGAGGAGGCCAAGGCCGGCAGCGACGAUGAGGAGGAGGGUGUUGAGGUCGAGGAGAAGGCUGCCCGGGAAUUGAUCAAUGCUGAUAGCGCUGAGGCGCAGAAUGUGGCACAGGACAAGGAUCCCAAGGUCGACGAUUUGGCCGAUCAGCUGUCCAAGACACAGAUCAAGUAGAAGACAGGGAUGGAAAGGACUGGUGAUGGUGUUGGUACAUGACUUGUUUGUGAUUUGGGAUUGGGACCGGUUUGGUGGUCGGUUAGGAUAGGAUAGGAUAGGAUAGGAUAAGGUGGUAAAGGAUCACACGACACACAUAC